GCAUUACCUCGAUUCUUUCAAGAAAUUUAUAUGGUUCACUAUAAAUCAUAAUCACGCCUCAAAAAAGCAUGUCACCUCAAAACUACAAGUUCGAGGGCUGGCUGGCCCAUGACACGUCAGCAGUCGAAGGCAAGAUGACGUGGGGCGAAUUCGAGCCGAAGCGGUGGGAAGAGAGCGACAUUGACAUCAAGAUCACGCAUUGUGGCAUGUGCGGUAGUGAUGUUCACACAUUGCGAAGCGGAUGGUAUCCCGCUCCAUACCCAAUAAUAGUCGGCCACGAAAUCGUCGGCGAAGUGGUCCGCGUAGGCUCCAAAGCAGCCGGCUCUCACAAAAUCGGCGACCGCGUCGGCGUCGGCUGCCUGACAGACUGCUGCAUGGGUAUUGCCGGGGUUCCAAUCUGCGAGGCAUGCGAAUCCGGCGAGGAGCAAUUCUGCCCUAAAGCGCGAUGGACCUAUCCUGGCCCGCACCAUAACGGCGAUAAGGGGUACGGUGGGUACGCGACGUACCAUCGGUGCCCGGGCCGGUUUGUGUUCAAGAUCCCGGAUGGGUUGGAGUCGAAACAAGCCGCUACGAUGAUGUGUGCUGGGAUUACUAUGUAUUCGCCCUUGAAGCGGUUUGGGUGUGGGCCGGGGAAGCUGGUCGGCAUUGUUGGUUUGGGGGGGCUGGGGCAUUAUGGAGUUCUGUUGGCGAAGGCUAUGGGGGCCGAUAAGGUGGUUGCUAUAUCGCGGAAGGCGAGUAAACGUGAUGAAGCUUUGAAAUUGGGCGCAGGUGACUAUUUGGCGACGGAUGACGAUGUUGGCUGGUACAAGAAGUACUACAACAAACUGGAUUUAAUUGUCUCGACGGUUGCUUCGUCCAAGGCACCUAUCAAGGGCUACUUGGCCAUGCUGAAACGUCACGGAACAUUGGUCCAAGUUGGGAACCCGGACGAUGGCCAGUUUGCGCUACCGCAGAGCACCCUCAUCAUGAAGUCGUUGAAUUUUGCCGGUUCGAGUAUUGGCUCUGCGGCCGAGAUUAGAGAGAUGCUCCAGCUUGCCGCAGACAAGAAAAUCAAGGCAUGGGUCGAGGAGCGCCCUAUGCACGAGGCAAACCAGGCGGUUCUAGACCUCGAGGAGGGAAAGCCGAGGUAUCGAUACUGUUUAAUGAACCAAGUGGCGCCUAAGCUCUGAGCUAUGUAAUGAAUAACGAUUUGUGAAUAACGAUUUGGAUGGAGU